AUGAAACAACUCAUAUACUUUCUUUUCUGGUUAUUUCUCUCUGAGACACAAGGCUUGGAAAUCCCCACAAAUGGACUUCCAGAAUUUGCAGACUAUGGAGAUCUUGUGGAACUGGCCCCAGGAAGAUUUCAAUUUGUACCAGAGAACCGGAGGCAUCAGAGAAGUGUUUCUGAGGAAUCUGGAGAAAUGGUGGAAAAUGUGGAUCAAGUAACACUCUACAGCUAUAAAGUCCGAUCCACUGUUACGUCUCGUGUGGCUAAUACCGUCAUCCAGAGCAAAGUGGUGAACAACUCCCCACUGCCUCAAAACGUCGUGUUUGAUGUUCAAAUCCCCAAAGGAGCCUUCAUUUCCAACUUCACCAUGACGAUAGAUGGCACAACGUUUACCAGCUCCAUUAAGGAGAAAACUGUGGGUAAAGUACUCUACUCACAGGCAAGAGCAAAAGGCAAGACUGCUGGAUUGGUGAGGAGCAGGGCACUUGAUAUGGAGAACUUCAAAACCGAAGUCAACGUCCUCCCUGGAUCAAAGGUGCAGUUUGAACUUCAUUACCAGGAAGUGAAAUGGAGGAAGCUGGGAUCCUAUGAACACAGGAUUCAUCUGCAGCCCGGGCGACUGGCCAAACACUUGGAGGUGGAUGUGUGGAUUAUUGAACCUCAGGGAUUGAGAUUUCUUCAUGUUCCAGAUACAUUCGAAGGCCAUUUUGAUGGUGUACCAGUCAUAUCUAAAGGAAGCCAGAAGGUGCAUGUCUCCUUCAAGCCCACAAUAGCACAACAAAGAAAAUGCUCGAACUGCUCUGAGACUGCAGUGGAAGGAGAGCUGGUGGUGAUGUAUGAUGUGAACAGAGAGGAGAAAGCUGGCAAAUUGGAGGUAUUUAAUGGAUAUUUUGUCCACUUCUUUGCUCCUGAAAAUCUGGAACCAAUUCCUAAAAACAUCCUCUUUGUCAUUGAUGUCAGUGGCUCGAUGUGGGGAAUUAAGAUGAAACAAACUGUGGAAGCCAUGAAGACCAUAUUAGAAGACCUACGAGCUGAAGACCAAUUCUCUGUGGUUGAUUUCAACCACAAUGUUCGGACCUGGAGAAAUGAUUUGGUUGCAGCCACUAAAACACAGGUUGCAGAUGCCAAGAAGUAUAUUGAGAAAAUCCAGCCUAAUGGAGGCACAAAUAUCAAUGAAGCACUGCUACGUGCCAUCUUUAUUUUGAAUGAAGCCAAUAAUUUAGGAUUACUGGACCCCAACUCAGUUUCUUUGAUCAUUUUGGUUUCUGAUGGAGAUCCUACAGUAGGAGAACUUAAAUUGUCAAAAAUUCAGAAAAAUGUGAAGCAGAACAUGCAAGACAAUAUCUCCUUGUUCAGUUUGGGGAUAGGAUUCGACGUUGACUAUGAUUUUUUGAAAAGGCUUUCCAAUGAAAAUCGUGGAAUUGCUCAAAGGAUUUAUGGAAACCAAGAUACUUCUUCCCAGCUCAGGAAAUUCUACAACCAGGUGUCCACUCCAUUGCUCCGAAAUGUUCAGUUCAACUAUCCCCAUACAGCAGUAACAGAUGUCACGCAAAACAGUUUCCAUAACUAUUUUGGAGGCUCGGAGAUUGUGGUAGCAGGAAAAGUUGACCCUGCUAAAUUGGAGAAAGUACAGAGCAUCAUCACGGCAACUUCGGCCAGCACAGACUUAGUCCUGGAAACCCUAGCCCAGAUGGAUGACUUGGAGGACUUUCUAUCAAAAGACAAGCAUGCAGACCCUGAUUUCACCAAGAAAUUGUGGGCCUAUCUAACCAUCAACCAGCUUCUAGCUGAGCGAAGCUUGGCUCCUACAGCUGCUGCCAAAAAGAAAAUUACAAGAACAAUCCUGCAGAUGUCUCUGGAACAUCAUAUUGUGACACCACUCACUGCAAUGGUGAUUGAGAAUGACGCUGGGGAUGAGCGGAUGUUGGCAGACUCUCCUCCACAUGAUUACUCUUGCUGUUCAGGUGCUCUGUACUAUGGCACCAAAGUUGCUCCAAGUUCAAUCCCACCUUGGGCCAAUCCUUCACCAACGCCAGAGACCUCACUACAUGCAAUAGGAGCUCCAGUGAUUGAGGCAACUCCUCCUCCCCACGUGAUAAGAGUUGAAAAUGACCCACACUUCAUCAUUUACCUUCCAAAAAGCCAAAAGAAUAUUUGUUUCAAUAUUGACUCAGAACCUGGGAAAAUCCUCAACCUGGUUUCUGACCCAGAAUCAGGGAUUUUGGUCAAUGGUCAGCUCAUUGGUGCCAAGAAGCCAAAGAAUAAUAAACUCAGCACCUAUUUUGGAAAACUGGGGUUUUAUUUCCAAAAUGAAGAUGUGAAAAUAGAAAUCAGCACAGAGACCAUUACCCUGCAUCACGGCUCUCAUGUGUCCGUCUUGUCCUGGGCUGACACAGCACGCAUCAGAAAUCAGAGGGUGCUUGUCUCAGUGAAGAAAGAAAAAACUGUGACUAUCACCCUGGAUAAAGAAAUGUCCUUUUCUGUUUUGCUUCAUCGUGUUUGGAAGAAGCAUCCAAUCAAUGUAGACUUUUUGGGGAUCUACAUUCCCCCUACAAACAAGUUUUCACCUAAUGCACAUGGACUAAUAGGUCAGUUCAUGCAAGAACCCAAAAUACAUAUUUUCAAUGAGAGACCAGGAAAGAAUCCUAAGAAACCAGAAGCAAGCAUGGAAGUGAAAGGACAAAAGCUGACUGUCACCAGAGGCUUACAGAAAGACUACAGAACAGAUAUAGUGUUUGGAACUGAUGUUCCCUGCUGGUUUGUGCACAACAGUGGAAAAGGUUUCAUCGAUGGACAUUACAAGGAUUACCUUGUGCCUCAGCUCUAUAGCUAUCUCAAAAGGCCUUAA